AUGCUACUUGAGGGCGCUUUGCUUACUGAUAGAAUGACGAUCACGUUUUCCGACUCCGCCGCCAAUGAAAGGCCCAUCAACCCUACCCCUCACCGCCAGAUUCGAGCGAACUUUGACGACGAUACGAUUACAGUGUACCAAGCCUACAGUUCAGCGAUUGCAGAUGCGGCAGUCGAAUCUCAAAGACUAGAUGCGUCGCCAAACUUUAAGCUCAGCAGGAUGACGUGGAUCAAGCCUAGUUGGACUUGGGUGCUCUACCGCUCAGGAUACUCGUACAAGGAUCAUGGCCAAGAGCGCAUUCUCGCUCUGAAAAUGACGCACGAUUGGUUCAUUGAUCUGCUUCGGCAGGGGGCUCUAUCUUGCGAAGACGCGAUACGGGGCGGCAAGCAAGUGAGGAUUCAGUGGGACCCCGAGCGGGAUGUUCGUUUGGAAAAGCUCCCAUAUCGGAGCAUUCAAAUAGGGAUUCCUGCGGCAACUUGCCAAAGUUGGGUCGAGGAAGGAAUCGUGAGCAUUGAAGAUGUUACUAGUCGUGCGCGCGAACUGAAGAGGGUCCUGGAUGAUGAUCCUAAAAUCAGUGGAGAAGAGUUGCUCGAAAUGGGGUUGGUGCCAUGCGAGAAAGAGUUCGUCGUACCCGAUGAUGUUCAGGAGAUUUUGCGGAUGUCUGAACCAAGGAAGUAG